CAGGCUCCAUUUGUUCUAUAAAUGGCAUGCAGAAGUAUGAGUGUCUCCCCACAGCAAGAUAAAGCAAAACGAAGAGAAGAGAGAUGGCGAACUGGAAGAAGCUUAGUGGCAAGAACAAUUGGGAGGGUCUGUUGAAACCUCUGAACAGCAAUCUGGGAAACUAUAUAAAACUCUAUGGUGAAAGAGUUCAAGUUAUUUAUGACUCGGUUAAGUCAGAAGAUGAAACACGUCCAGCUUAUGCAAAGGAAGACUUAGUUUCUGAAGCUGCCAUUAAAACAGGUACAUUUGGGAAUUUAUACACUGUGACUGACUAUAUUUUUGCAAACUCAGACGUUGCUUCCUGGAUCGACUGGAAGGUGGAGGACCAGUCUGCGUGGUUUGGGUAUGUUGCUGUGGCCACAGAUGAAGGAAAGAAAGUGAUGGGAAGAAGAGACAUUUUGAUUAGCUGGAGAGGAACUCUUUCUCUGGCUGAGUGGUUCAAGAAUGCUCAAUUCGAUCAAGUGUCAGCUUCUGAGAUUUUUGGGAAGAGCCAUGAUCCACAAGUGCACAAAGGGUUUCUCUCAAUCUACACAUCGCCUAAUACUGAACCCUCCUCCAGUAAAUUGAGUGCUAGAGACCAGGUGCUGAAUGCUGUUAAGAAUCUGGUGAACAAGCCCGAGUACAGGAAAGAGGAAAUCAGUAUAACAGUAGCAGGUCACAGUCUGGGUGCUGCUCUGGCAACAUUGAACGCAACUGAUAUAGUUACCAAUCAAUACAAUAAGCGCACAGGUUCGAACAAAGCAUGCAUGGUCACGGCCUUUGUCUUCGCCAGCCCCAAGGUUGGAAACGAAGGCUUCAGGAAAGUGUUCAAUGCACUCAGCAAUCUUCAUCUCCUGCGCAUUGAAAACAGAUUGGACAUCGUUACUGAUCUUCCUCCUUCUUCUAUUUCCUACAAAAAAGUGGGCAUGAAGUUAAGAAUCAAGAGUCACAAGUCGGCAUUAUUGAAUUUUACAGACGGGCUUCAGCUUCAUGACAUAAUACCUGAGUCGCACAGCUUGAAGGAGUAUCUCCAAGGAGUCACAGCCAGGCAAUCACAGUUGGGGAAGCUUCAGAGUGAACUCUAAAAAAUGAAUGGGGCUGGAUUCAUCCAUUAGGGCUAUUUUCCCUUGCUGUUUAGUUGUUACUUUGUAUAUUGAUUUCUUAUUAUUUGUUGGUAGAGCUUGAAUCGAGUUAAGAUGGAAUUAAGUAAAGUAUGAGUCGAUCUUUAUAAUUGGAUUUGAGUCAGUUAGAUUCUAUAGGUCUUGUUCAGAGUUAGCCCACUUUGAUUCUAGCCAAUCUGCGAGUUUGAUGUAUUUUAACAUCCAUUAUUAUCAAUGAAGAUGUUUA